AUGGAUUCACAAUUAAGCAAAUCGUAUCAGUCUAUACCGUGAGAUGAACAGUUAACGAGAAAAUGGGCUUGAGCUUCAAUUGUUCAACGAUGUCCAAGGCAUCAUCAUCGUUGUUCAAGGAAUCUGUUAGAGCACGGGAAGUUGGCCUCCACAAGUUGUACCCUGAUAUUGAAAAGUACCCCAAAAGCAAAUCCUCCCUCUAGUCUGAAUACGUUGAAAAGAAAGCCCAUACAUUUUCGAUUCUCAUCUCCACCACCGCCAAACACCACCUUCGUUUCUUUCUCAACAAUUCCAUUUUAAAGCAUCCCAUCAUGCACUGAUUGCAUUCUGACUUCUCUCUCUUUAUGUCUGUCACUUUGUCAUCUUCUUAUAUAAUAAAUCCAUAAUAUUCGGAUCAACAACCCUAUCUCUUCUAGUAGAUCUAUCUCUUUCUCUCCCUCUCAAACCGAUGAUGAUGAUGAUGAUGCGAAAUGUCAUUAUUUGGGCUUUAGUUCUGGUGGGUUUUGAGUUCCAGAGGAGUGGUUCUCAGGUUUCAGAGAUUCGAAGGACAAGUUUUCCAGAGGGUUUUGCUUUUGGGACUGCUUCUUCAGCUUACCAGUACGAAGGAGCCGUGAAGGAGGAUGCGAGGGGACCAACAAUUUGGGACACUUUUUCCCAUUCAUUCGGUAAGGUUCUUGAUUUUAGUAACGCCGAUGUCGCUGUGGAUCAGUACCACCGUUAUAACGAAGAUAUACAACUUAUGAAGGACAUGGGAAUGGAUGCCUAUCGCUUCUCAAUUUCUUGGUCUCGGAUUUUCCCUAAUGGAAGUGGAGAAGUAAAUCAAGCAGGAAUUAACCACUACAAUAAUCUAAUAAAUGCUUUACUGGCCAAAGGAAUUGAACCAUAUGUAACUCUUUAUCAUUGGGAUCUUCCUCAAGCUUUGGUAGACAAGUACAAUGGAUGGCUCAACCCUCAAAUCAUUUGUUGUAUAUAUAGAAAAGACUUUGCAAAUUAUGCAGAGACAUGCUUUGAGAAAUUCGGGGACCGGGUGAAGCAUUGGAUCACUUUUAAUGAACCUCAUACAUUUGCAAUCCAAGGGUAUGAUGUAGGCCUCCAGGCGCCUGGUCGUUGCUCCAUCCUUCUUCACCUAUUUUGCAGAGGUGGAAACUCGGCAACAGAGCCUUACAUGGUUGCUCACAAUGUUCUUCUUGCUCAUGCAACUGCUUUUGACAUUUAUAAGAAAAUAUACAAGUCAAAACAACAUGGCUCUCUUGGGAUAUCAUUCGAUGUUAUCUGGUUCGAACCUAUGACGAACUCUAAUGAAGAUAUUGAAGCAACACAAAGAGCUCAAGAUUUUCAGCUCGGAUGGCUCAUGGAUCCCUUGUUUUGGGGAGAUUAUCCAAGCUCAAUGAGAAAUAGAGUAGGAAGUAGGUUGCCAACAUUUUCCAAAGCUCAGGCUGCUCUGGUUAAAGGGUCUUUGGACUUUGUCGGCAUAAAUCACUACACAACUUACUACGCAAAGGCUAAUUCCACUAAUAUAGUUAGUGUUCUUUUGAAUGACACUCUGGCGGAUUCUGGUGCAGUUACACUUCCAUUCAAAUCUGCGAAACCGAUAGGAGAGAGGGCAUCUUCAAUAUGGUUGUACUUUUUUCCUCAGGGGAUUAGAAGUUUGAUGAAUUACAUUAAGCAAAAAUAUGGGAAUCCUCCAGUCAUUAUCACUGAAAAUGGAAUGGAUGACUCCAACAACCCAUUCAUCUCCAUCAAAGAUGCUCUAAAGGAUGACAAAAGGAUCAAGUAUCACAGUGGCUACCUUUCAAACUUGCUAGCUUCUAUCAAGGAAGAUGGGUGUAACGUGAAAGGGUAUUUCGUAUGGUCGUUACUAGAUAACUGGGAAUGGGCUGCCGGCUACACAGCAAGGUUUGGGCUUUACUUUGUGGACUACAAAGACAAUCUCAAGCGAUACCCCAAAAAUUCUGUUCAGUGGUUCAAAAGUUUUUUGACUUCUUAGGAUUGCAAUGAUAGUAGAAAUUCACUAACUGUUCAAUGAUUGAAAAAAUGGAUACAUGUUAUACGGAGUUCUCUCUGGUUUUUGGGGCUCAUUUUACGCCCCUGCUCUUCAGUACUCAAGGUAGUGGAAUUUCUAACAAAUAAAUAAAUAAAUAAAUAAGUAGUGGAAUUUUGGAUUC